AUGUCUGACCUUACCACCAUCAUUGCCAAGGACAUUGUUCCUCCUGUUGGCCCUUACUCCCACGCUGUCAAGACCCCGACCGCAAUCUACUGCUCUGGUCAGAUUCACCUUGACCCCCAGGGUACCCUGAUUGAGGGCACCAUUGCCGAGAAGACGGCACUGUGCUUCAAGAACCUCGAGGCCGUCCUCAAGGAGGCCGGAUCCUCGAUCCAAAAGAUCGUCAAGGUCAACAUCUUCUUGGCCGACAUGGCCGACUUCGCCGAGAUGAACAAGGAGUACGAGAAGUGGAUGGUCCACAAGCCCGCCCGCAGCUGCGUCGCCGUCAAGACUCUGCCCAAGAACGCGACUGUUGAGAUUGAGGCCAUUGCCCUCCCUUAA